AUGACUGAUGCACGCGUUCCAGCAGGAGGGACUUUCUUGGCUCACGGAGCAGCUGCAGAUGUUUGGCUGGUCGAUGAUCCUGACUCAGAGAGCCGCAAGUGCGUUCUCAAAGUCAUUCGCCUGAGCCUCGACACCCUGAACAACUACCAAGAUCCAAAAGGACCAAGAGAAGCAUUACAGCUCUGGGAUGAAUUUAUUAAACUUUAUAAGUCCAGCGUCGAUCGAUGGAUUUAUGUCGCGCAUGUGAAUGUUGUUCGGAUUACUGGAAUUAACGAGCAAUUAGAUUUGCGCGUUGAAUAUCUUACAAGUGGGACUGCCCCUCAGGAAAAAGAUGGCAAGCCAAUCUCUCAAUGCAUCGCGGAUCCUCAUAUAGUUUUCUUCCUGCAGAUUAAGGAUGUUUUAGCUGGAUUAGACUAUCUUCAUUCCCAGACCCUCCAAUCAUACAUGGCUCCAUUCGCAUGGUUGGAUAAGUUAUUUGUCGAUGCGCAAGGUACCUGCAAGAUCGGAGAGUUCGGGCUAGCAUCUCUAGUUGAAGGGUUUGAAUCUUUUGCACCUUCUAUAUCUCAGGGUGGUCGUGUUCGGUGGCUAAGCCCGGAACUGUUGCAAACAGAACCCGACCAACGGAUGGUGCCCACCAUAGAGUCCGAUGUCUGGGCCCUAGGCUGUACAUUGUUUGAAAUAAUGAGCGGGAAGCUCCCAUAUUUCCCAUACCAGCACGACUUGAGGGUCCGACACGAGAUUACAUCCAAAACGCUUGCCGGACAUCGUGAUAACUUGCUCAGCCCCGAUUUUGUAGAAAUUUGGGGACUUGUCACUUCUUGCUGGGAAUGGGCUGCGGACCAGCGGCCAUCGGUAACGGAACUUGCACAAUCAAUUUCGAAGACAAUGAUUGGACUAGGCUCUCCAGAUUUAUCGACCAUGGAUGUUCACAAUAGCGAACAGAUCAAGGUCAUAAUCAAUAUACCUUCAAGAUCUAGUCAAACCGAUCAAGGGUCUGGACAUAAUUCCGCAGUAACCUUUGAAUCACAUUAUCGUUACACGCCCUAUGAAAAGAUUACUGGAAAGACCGCUGCCGACAUUCUCAAGGAAGUAGAUCAAACACCUCAAAGCUCGAAUACCGUCUUAGAAUGCCAUAGAGACUACCUCCCACUCUACGGGGGCCCCAAAACCCGGGAGCGCUCUGGAGUGCUCCGGUUUUGGGAGCCUCCUCGUUAG